UAAUCUGGCUACCGUGAGCCUGGCUUAAAGCCGUCUGCUGUUGGACGGAUGGUGGUCGUGGUGGCAGUGGUGGUUCGGAGAUACGCAUCUCUCGAGACGAGCGUAGUUUGCUGCGUCUCUGCAACUGUCGCUUAGCGCCGACGUAUUUUAAUCAAGAGUUAAUUGCAGUAAACUAUGACGUCUCUCUACAGGAACGUAUUCUGGUUUGCGAAGGGCAUGAAAGAGUACAGCAGGAGCGGGUUUCGGUCCGCUUGCCGAUCCUUCAACCUCCCCGACUUGGACGUCGAUUGCGCCGGUAAAGUUUUCAUGAUUACCGGCGCCACGGGCACGCUUGGAAAGGUUGUUGCUAUCCAACUUGCACAGAAAGGUGGCACAGUGCACCUCGUGUGCAGAGAUGAAGAGAAGGCAGAAGCUUUGAAGAAAACAAUCACUGACAUAACAGAAAAUGAGGAAUCUGUUGUUGUGCACAUCUUCGAUAUGUCUCGCCCCCAGGAUGUCCUCAGUUUUGCCAAAAAAUUUAAACAGAACUACGGAAUCUUACAUGUUCUGGUGAAUUGUGCUUCAACAAUCACACAAAACCGGGAAAUUGGGGAGGACGGUCUUGAGAAAACCUUCGCUACGAACACACUUGGUGUCCACAUCCUGAUUACCAACCUCAUUCCUUUGUUGAACCGGAGCUGUGAGCCACGGGUGGUGCUGGUCACCUGUGGGACCCUAUUGAUGCAGCGGCUGGACCCAGUGGACCUUCAGUUUGAGUGCAUGUUCCCCUUCAAUGGGUUGGCAGCCUUCACACAGACGAAACGUCACCAGGCCGUGUUGGUGGAACACUAUGCUGAGACUUAUCCAGGCAUCCACUUCUCAGCCAUGCACCCAGGCUGGCUUGAACCCCAGGGGGUCAAGGAUGCUGUUCCGAAACUGCUGCGUAAGGUCUCUGUGCGGUGCCGGUCGGUAGAGGAAGCGGCAGACACAAUUUUGUGGCUAGCCAUCUCACAGGCGGCUCUCAAGCACUCAAGUGGCAUGUUCUUUCAAGAUAGGAAGACAACUUGUCCCCACAUUCCCUUUGGCAAGACAAAGACAAGCCUGGAUGACGAGAAGUUCUUCAUGAGGAACUUGGAGGACUUUGUUAACAAGCUUGGGCUCUCUUAGCCUCUACACCAUAAGCAACAGCAAAAAGCUAUAUGCCUGUAACCGCUUUGGCAGCUUUGGUGCCCCGUCUUACUUGGGCACACUAUCAUGUGCUCAAGGAUGUCCCUGGCUAGUUUUUGUUGCAGAAUGUUACUGUGUAGGUGCAGUUUUCAUGUUCCAGAAAUUUGUGUACCUGGUGUAAUGUGUUGAAAUUUCUGUGCAUUUUGUGCAAGUUUUCAGUGCUUUAAGAGCUGCGUGUGCAUGAAAUAUUGUUGAUCGAUGUUUGUAUUCAAAAGGUAAAACUGCAUACAUUGUACACUGUGUGAUCCCAGUAGAAGCAUUUGGUAGUUUGUGAUGCAAGCAGUUAAAGUGAAAGCAAGUCAGCCAAUGUUUCCACCAUUUGUGUACUUGUGUGCUUCAAAUAUGUUCAUGAAAAAAUCCGUAAACAGGGGGUGGGUGCUCGAGCCGACGUUUCGACAAGUGGACUUGUCUUCUUUAAGGCUGGAAGUUCAAGGCUAGAACUUGAAGGCCGUUCCAGCCUUGAAGAAGACAAAUCCACUCGUCAAAACGUCGGCUCGAGCACCCACUCCGUUUACGGAUUAUUUCAUCGCAAGCUUCUAUCUUCCCCUUCCUGCCGUUUUUUAAAUAUGUUCAUGUAAUUUAAGUGAUGGGCAUCAACAUGUUGAACCUUCGAACGGCUACAAUGCUCCCGACAUGAAAGCUAAGCGGAAAAAGCAAUUUAAGUGAUACUGUUAUUUUUUUCCCUAUGCUUUAGCAGCUCAGCUAAAAAUGAGCUGCUGUGUUCAUACUAUUCUAUAAAGGUAUAAGUACUCAGAAUUUUGCGUCGAGCAAGUAUAUUAAGAUGCUAUGCGAGCGCCUACUUUGGUUACAGCUGUGUUCCAAGACUUUCUCUAAACAGCAAUUAUUCAAAUGCUCAGUGUAUUUAUAGACAUAUUUAUUUAUUGGUGACAAAGCCCACUAUUUGUGACGUUAUGUUUCUAAAGGCUACAGUUUGAACGUGUCUGUGUGAAUGUGUCCAUGUUUGGUGCCCAGUGUAUGCAAAUGUGCCGAUGUUGCUGUGUGUGCUGUUUCCUCUCUUAUACUCUGGUCACAACAAUUUUUGUCAGAAAAAAAUGCAUUGCUACCACUGAAGGACUCUGCAGUCUUUAUGAACUGCAAUGAAGGGGUAGCACUUCUGUGUAAACCUGUGCUAUAUGGCAUUGCACAAAUGAGAAUGAUUGUCACAACAUAUGAUAUGUAUUUUUGUAUGACACUAUUACCCCGCAGCUUGCCUCCAGUCAAUGCCAGUGCGAAUUUUUUCAUAGUCAUCAAAAAUAUACAAAGAUGAUGAAAAAUGCGCCAACCAAAUCUGGCUAUGGCAAACUGGCAGCACUUUGUAUAUAACAUGCAGCCAGUGUUGAAAGUGUGAGUAAAUGGUUGUUUGAAAUGCCUUUUGUACGUGAUGAGAUUUGUAUUUAACAGUGAAUAAAAUAAA